GUUCGAGGAUAUGUCAGCAAGAUAGUUAGAGUCCCUGCUUUUGCCGAAUCAAUCAGAGAAGGAACUCUUGCGAGAUGGAGUAAAAAUGUCGGCGAUUUCGUUCAGCAAGACGAGGAAGUAGCGACAAUCGAAACUGAUAAAGUUGAUGCUCCAAUUAAUUCCCCAUAUGCUGGUACAAUAAUCGAAGUAUAUGCAAAGGAAGAAGAAACUGUGGGUGUAGAUCAAGAUCUUUACAAGAUUGAAUUGGGUGAGGUUCCGGCAGAAGCGGAGAAGCCUGAAACUACAAAGGAAGAAUCUAAAAAGGAAGAACCCAAAGAGAAAAUGGAAGAAUCUAAAAAGGAAGAGCCAAAAGAAGGACCUAAACAGGAAUCAAAGAAGGAAACAACAUCAUCAAAAACUGACUCCAAACCUACAACUUCACAAUCAUCAAAGUCUGAAGGUACUACACCUUCACGCCCAUCUAAAUCAGAAGAAUCUCUGUAUGGUGAUCGUGAGCGCGAAGAACGUCAUGUAAAGAUGAAUAGAAUGCGUUUGCGUAUCGCUGAAAGACUGAAAGAAUCACAAAAUUCAGCUGCUUCUUUGACAACUUUCAAUGAAAUUGACAUGAGUAAUAUUAUUGACCUCCGUAACACUUAUAAGGAUUUAAUCCUACAAAAACAUGGCAUCAAGCUUGGAUUUAUGUCUGCAUUUGUUAAAGCAUCUGUAUUUGCACUUCAAGAAAUUCCGGUAGUCAAUGCUUCAAUUGAAGGUCCAAAUGGCGGAGAUACCAUCGUUUUUAGAGAUUACGUUGAUAUGAGUGUUGCGGUUGCUACACCAAAAGGUCUUGUCACACCUGUUGUUCGAAAUGCUCACUUGUUAUCUUUUAUUGAUGUCGAAAAGGCAAUUGCGGAAUUAGGUAAAAAGGCUCGAGAUGGAAAAAUUACAAUUGAAGAUAUGGCUGGAGGUACUUUCACUAUUUCAAAUGGUGGAGUAUAUGGGUCAUUAUAUGGUACUCCUAUUAUCAACAUGCCACAAAGUGCGAUAUUAGGGAUGCAUGUUACCAAAGAACGUCCUAUUGCAGUAAAUGGCCAGGUGACAAUUCGUCCAAUGAUGUACGUUGCUUUAACUUAUGACCAUCGUUUGAUUGAUGGACGUGAAGCUGUUACCUUUUUGAAAACCAUUAAAGAACAGAUUGAGGAUCCUCGUCGUUUGUUGCUAAGUAUUUAA